AUGUCGAAACGCAAAACACCCACGUCGUCCUCCGAGCCGACGCUCACCUUGAUAUCCGAGCAGCGUCCCCUCGCCGAGCAGCGUCGGCUCGACGGGACGAUCGGCCGCGUGCGCGUGACCAUCGAGCUGCUCGACGACACGCUGCUGACAGGGUGGCUUGAAGAGGCCGACGGGCAAAUGAACGUCUUGCUGUCUGCUGUCGAUGCGUGGCCGGCGGCGGGCGACAGCGGGCAGCACAAGGCACUGCGUGUGCGAGGGCAGGACAUUCGCUGCCUCCGCCUGCCGCCGCACAUCGACGCCGAGCAGACCAUGCGCGCGAGGCUCCGGGCCAUCGACCAAGCCGCGCGCACCUUCAGCCAGCGUAAGCCCAAGGCUGCGUCUGCGCGGCCAACCAACUUGCCGCCGCUUGUCGGCUCAAUCGUCACCGAGGCGGACGCGGACCUGGGGUAG